CCCGCGCCCCCUCCCCCCCCGAGCGGCGAUGGGAGCGUCCGGGGGCUGAGCCCCCCCCAGGCCCCGCGGCGACGCCCAGACAGGACCAACAUGGAGCCCUGAGAGGAGGCGCGGCCGUGGGGAUGGCGAAGCUGCUGGUGCCGCUGGUGGUGCUGGGGGCCGUGUCCGGGGCGGGGGUCCCGGUGUCGCCGCCGUCGCCGCGGUGUCCCCCGCGCUGCCUGUGCCCCGCGGCCGCGCCCAGCCCGACGCUGCUGUGCGCCCGCACGGGGCUGCUGGCGGUGCCGCCCAGCCUGGACCGCGGCGCCGUGGAGCUGCGCCUCGCCGACAACUUCAUCGGCGCCGUGGGCCGCGCCGACUUCGCCAACAUGAGCAGCCUGGUGCACCUGACGCUGUCGCGGAACGGGCUGCGCCGCCUCGCCCCCGGCGCCUUCGCCGACCUGCGCGCCCUGCGGGCGCUGCACCUGGACGGGAACCGGCUGCCGGCGCUGAGCGGGCCGCAGCUGCGCGGGCUGGCCAGCCUGCGCCACCUCAUCCUAGCCAACAACCAGCUGGCCGCCAUCGACGCCGCCGCCUUCGCCGCCUUCGCCGCCACCGUGGAGGACCUGGACCUGUCGCACAACAACCUGCCCGCGCUGCCCUGGGACGCCGUGGCCGCCAUGGGCAGCCUGGCCACGCUGACGCUGGACCACAACCUGCUGGAGCGGGUGCCGGCCGGCGCCGUGGCGCGGCUGCCGCGCCUGGCCCGGCUCGACCUCACGGCCAACCGGCUGCGGGCGCUGCCGCCGGUGCCGGGGCCGCCGGGGCCGGCGCUGGCGGCCGGGGGGAACCCGCUGCACUGCAACUGCGAAUUGCUGUGGCUGCGCCGCGUGGCUCAGCCGGGCCGCCUGGAGACCUGCGCCACGCCGGCGCCGCUGGCCGGGCGGCUGCUGGGCGCCGUGCCCGAGGAGGAGCUGACCUGCCGCGCCCCCGCCGUCACGGCCGCGGCCGCGCACCCGCCCGCCGUCACCGAGGGGCAGCCGCUGCGCCUGGGCUGCGCCGCCGUCGGGGACCCCCCGCCCGCGCUGCACUGGCUGGGCCCCGACGGGCGCGUGGUGCAGAACGGCUCCCGGCGCUCGGUGGGCGCCGACGGCUCCCUGGAGCUCCGCGUGGCCACGCUGAGGGACCACGGCGGCUUCACCUGCGUGGCCGCCAACGCCGCGGGCGAGGCGGCCGCGCGCGUCGACGUCGUGGUGGUGCCGCUGCCGGUGCCGCGGGGACAGGACGGGGACGGGGACGCGGCGGCGGCGGCGGCCGCCGAGGCGGGGCCCGGCCCCUCGGAUAUGGCCCAGGCGGGUGGCAAUGACACCUGGGGGGGGCCCGGGGAGCGGCGGGUGGUGGCGGCGGAGGUGACCGGGUCCUCGGCGCGCAUCCGGUGGCUGCCGCAGCGCCACGUGCCCGGCGUGCGCAUGGUGCAGAUCCAGUACAACAGCUCGGCCGACGACGCGCUGGUCUACAGGUUGUUGCCCCCCUCCAGCCGCACCUUCGUGCUGCGGGAUUUGGCUCCCGGGCGCCUGUACGAGCUCUGCGUGUCCACGCUCGCGUGGUCGGGGACCCCCCCCGCCGCCCCCCGCCCGCUCGGCUGCGUCUCCUUCACCACGGCCGCCGCUCCCCCGGGCUGCGCCGCGCCCCCCCGGCCCCACUUCUUGGGGGGCACCGUCAUCAUCGUCAUCGGCGCCGCCAUCGCCGCCUCCGUGCUCGUCUUCAUCCUCAUCCUCACGGCGCGCUGGAAGGCGGCGGGGGCGCGGCGCCCCCCGCCCGCGCUCACCAGCGUCUGCUCGCAGACCAACGGCGGCCCCCGGCCCGCCGAGACCCCCGAGCUGCCCCCGCUGCCCCCGCUGUCCCCGGCCGCGGCCGGGGGUCCCGCGGCGGGGGGGGCGCGGGGGUUGUUCCCCAGCCACAGCUACCCCCGGCGGGCGCGGCCGCGGCGCCACGGGUCCCUGCCGCGGCUGGACGCGCCCGAGGGGACCCCGCUGGCCCCCCCCCUGCGCCCCUCGUUCGGCAGCACCCACUGGAUGCUGGAGAGCACCGUGUGAGGGGGGGGCGGCGGGAAUUCCUCCCCCCCGGACCCUCCCCGGGACCCCCCUUGGGCGGCUCCUCCGGGUGGUCGCGGCGGCUCUUGUGGGGGGGGGGGGGGCGUCCUGGGACCGCCAAAGCUCGCCCGGGUGCCCCCCCGGACCCAUUUGGGAUCCCCGUGGGUGUCACCGGGAACCCCCCAGGUGUCCCCCCCCAACCUGGGGGUACCUGUAUGCAAACCUUUCCCCCCGAAAAACCCGCGUGGGGCCCCCCCCCGACGUGUGCGGGCUGCGCGACACGCGUGGGGACCGCGACGGGGAUCGCGACAGGGACCGCCCCCCCC